CAAACAUUUCAAAAAUCGUAUAUGUAAUUUAAUUUAUUUAUGUAGUUGAAUAAUCAAAUAUUAAUUCAGUAUUAUAAAAAAAAAAAAAUCCUUAUGUAUUUAAUUCACAUUUAAUAUUGAAUAUUUAACAUUGGAUAUCAUUAUUAUACAUCUUAUUGUCUGAUGUACAUUUUUUUUUUUUGUGUUUUUAUAAUUUGAUAUGGUUGCCCAUAGUUAUACACCAAAUUCGUAUAGCAUUUAAUUUUCUCUGCUAUUUAAAACAAAAAUGAGUUUAUAUCUCGAGUUUAAAGUAAAAACUAUUGAAACAGAUAUAAUUACUGGUAUAAGUUAUCACCAACAACUUGGUCUAUUAGCAAUAUUAUCUUCUAACCAAAAUGAUGAAGCUCAAAUUCUCAUUUGUGAUGAAUUAGUAAGUAUAAUUUAAAAUUCUAAAUUAUCAUUAUUUUUGAUAUAAUCAUGCUCAGGGAGAGGAUUUACACUAUUCUGGACCAAAUGUCUGUAAAGGUCAAAUUACUUCAUUUUGUUGGCAUCCAACUCAGCGUACUUUAGCUAUUGGUUCAAACGAUAGAGAAAUAUGUAUAUGGAAUGGUGGAUUAGUAACUGCUUUAGAUUCUGUCCACGAAGGAUCUAUUAUAUUUGCCAAAUGGUCAUCACUUGGAGGAUGUUUAGUAACUGGAGAUCAAGUAAAACAAAAAAAUAAACUUCAAUUGCAUAUUAGAAAGAUAAAAUAAAUGUUAUUUUAUAUUAAUAGACUGGAAUUGUAGUUGGAUGGAAAUCUGAUAGUCGAGGGUUGCUUAAGAUGGUCUUCAAGUCAAAAGUAGGAGCUAUUUUAUCCAAAGAAAUUUCAUUUAGGGCCGGAAGAGCUGCCACUGAUAUUUCUAAUUUAGCCAAAAUGGCAGUAGCUGGUGAUCAAAGUGCAUUAGAUAUAUUUAGUUCUUGGCGGCCACGUACAACAUCACAUGGUCCACGGUUAGUUACUACGGAUAACACAACAUUUUAUUGUGCUUCUGUGACGGGUAAAUUGCUGAUUGUACCUAUAAUAUAGUUACAAGUUUUAAUUCAAUGUAUAUUUUUACAGGAGAAUUAUAUUAUUUUGAUGAAGAUGGAGAAUUUAAUGUAGUAUUUACAUCAAAGUCAACAAUAUUAAGAAUUUUAUGUCACGAGUCUAAAGAUAUUUGUAUUGUUGUUUGUAAAGAUUUAACUGUCGCUUAUUAUAAAUGCCAUAAAAAUGGUUCCAUAACUGAAGUUUCAAAAGUAAAUUUUUAAUGCAAAUAUCAUCAUAUUUUUAUAAGUGUGAUAUUAAUAAUUUUUUUAAUUUACUUUUAUUAUUCAGGUUAAACUAAAUGGAAUAAAAGAAGAUGUGUGUAUAAUAUGGUCAGGUCCAUCUUUAUUAGCAUGUACAACCAAUGAUUUAUCUAUUCGUUUUUGGGAUAUAGAAUCUGGAAACAGUUAUGUUCUAACUGCGCCAAUUUCUUUUUCUUCAUCAUUUCCUAAACAAACAUUUUUAAAUAUUUCUUAUUUAAAAGAGAAAGGUAUUUUUUUUUUAAUAAUAUAUUGUUUUGUAUUUAUUAUUUUGUUGCAAUUUUCUUAAUUUAUAGUGUUGUUAUGUGCUUCAACAAAUCUUGGGAAUAUUAUUAUUUGGCGUUUUGAUGAAGAAACUGAAGACCAAUGGAAUAUUCAAGGUUUAUGUAAAAUUCAGGAUAGUAUAAAACAUUGUGUUUGGGGGCCACUAAAUUUAGCAAUACAUGCAAUCAAUGGUAUUUAUAUUUUACGUGAACACGCAUUGUUAGCAAGCUAUAAAGAAGAAAUGGCUGUUGUGCAGUCCUCGGCGAAUAAUCUUAAUAUAUUUCAUUGUAGUUCAGAUGAAAUAUUGAGUUUUAAUACUGAUUUCCAAGUCAUUGGUUUGGCUUUAACAAAAGAACAUAUUUGUUUAUGGAGUGGUAAAUUUGAAUUUAAUGUAUAAUAAAGUUAUUUAUACAUUAAAUUUUAAGUUGUGUUAUGAAAUGUUCAAGGUAAAUUGAUAGCAGUGUAUACUAUAAUAACUAAAGAAUUGCCAACUUUAGUUGGGAACUUUAAUUGUGAUGUACAAGAAGCGUGUAUAUAUGAUAGAGUUGUAAUUGUUGCGGAAAAUAGUGGAAAAUUACAAAUUAGAACAUUUCAAGGUACUAUUAAACAGACCUUAGAUAUUGAAGCACCAUCAGUCUGCCUUUGUUUAAGUAAUUGCUAUUUAGCAGUUGUCACAUUGUCUGGAGUUAUUCAUAUUUGGGAUUUAAACCGAAGGUAAUUUAAAAUAUUUGUUUUAAAUUAACAAUUUCAUCUUAUUAUGGAUUUUUAUGUUAGGGAAGCAAAGUCAAUGUGUAAACCUAAAGAUAUAACAUUAAAUAUAGAUGAUUUCAGUGAAGUUAUUCAAUUGCGUUUGAAUAGCAAUGGUACAAAAGUUUCGUUUACUGCAGCCAACUUAAAUUUAGUACCAAUGGCUCGGUUAUAUGUUUGGGAUCGGGACUUAGAUAAAAUAUAUGUAAAGCAUUUUGAAAAAGGUUUAGAUGUAGAUGAAACGUAUGUAUCUAAAAAGUAUUUAAAAAAUUUAAUAAAAAUUUAAAUAGUUAAAUUGAUACUUGUAGAAGAUAUAAUGAUACACGAUUUAUAGUAUCACACUAUUGGGAUACAAAUGAGCCGAAUUUAUUAUUUUGUGAAGCUAAGUGUAUUGAUAAGCCAGAAAAAAAACUAUUAAAACCAAGUUUAUACAAUACAUUUGCAUUCAAACAGAAGAAAAAUAAAUCAAUUGGUUCCUCGGUAUUUAAAUUAAUUGCUAUAGUCGUUAUAUAGAUUUUUAUUUAGCUACAUAUUUGUUUAGGUUAUACUCAGUAUAUUUUUUAUUGAACAAAAAGGUUUACAAAUACAAGAUAUUUUACACUGUCCUGAUCAAUUUUGUGCAAUCUUAGGACUUGAUGCUCCUUAUUAUAUAAUAUUGUGCAAACGAAAUACUAAUACAGUAAAUAACACCUAUGAUAUUUAUAAUUUGAAUUUUUUAUAAUUUAUUUGUAUAUUUUAUAGAAAAUGCGAGUCGAACGUUUACUGAUGAAAGAGUUUGAAGGAAUUGAAAACUGUGAUUCUGAUAUUCGAGCAGCUAUUGUCAAUUUUGGUUAUAAUUUAUGUCUUGGUGAUUUAGAUCUUGCUUUUAAUUUUAUUAGUAAUAUUAAAAGGUUGGUACAUUAUUUAUUUUUUAAUUUUUUUUUUUUUAUAAAUUGUUUUCAUAUUGUCUUCAACAGUACUGCUGUUUGGACAAGUUUGGCUAAGAUGUGUGUGAAAACAAAACGUUUAGAUGUAGCGGAAAUAUGCUUAGGGCAUAUGAAAGAUUGUAGAGGUUUAACUAUUUUACGGUCAGUUAUUAAGGAGCAAGAAUUAGAUGCGAAAGUAGCUUGUCUUGCUGUCCAUUUAGGAAUGUAUGUAAGUAUGAAGUAUAACUAUGAUUUUACUUAUAUUGUGAAUUAUUAUUAUUAUUUAAAAAUGUAUAAAGGAUGAAGCUGAAGAAUUGUACAAAAGUUGUAAUCGCUAUGAUCUUCUAAAUAAAUUUUAUAGAGCGAGAAAUCAAAUAACAGCAUCCUUAGAUGUGGCUGAGACAAAAGAUCGUAUACAUCUUAGAAACACAUACUAUAAUGUGGGUAGAAACUUAGAAAAUAAAGGAGAUGUAGCUGGAGCAGCUAAUAUGUAUUGCAAGUCUGAAACGCACGGAUUUUCUAUACCAAAGAUGUUGUUAGAUGAUCCAAUAACUUUAGAAAACUAUGUAGUUAAAAACAAAAAUCUGUAAGAUCAUUUAUAAUAAUAUAAAUAAUUUACAAAGAUAUUUAAUUAAUUAUAUUUCUAGUGUGUUAUUAAAAUGGUGGGCUCAAUAUUUAGAAGGUAGUGGUGAUAUGGAUGGUGCAAUUAAAUAUUAUCAACAAGCAAAUGAUGAUUUGUCUACUGUUCGUAUAUUAUGUUAUCUUGGUAAUUUGGAACAAGCAGCUCGAAUUUGUAUGAAUACUACUGAUAAAGCUGCUUGUUGUCAUCUUGCUAGAGCGUAUGAAAUGCAAGGACUGUAUGAGGAAGCUGUAAAGAUGUAUGUUGAUGCUACAGCUUAUGUGAAUGCAAUUAGAUUAUGCAAGGUAAAAUUAAAUAAGCUAUUGACCAUAAUUUACCCAUAAACUAUUUUUCAGCUGGAGUUUUUAUUUAUUUAAUAUUUUUCAAAUUUUUAUUUAAAUUUUAGGAGCAGUUCUUUGAUAAUCACCUUUGGAAUAUUGCUUUAUUAUCAGAUACCAAAGAAAAACUCAGUGUUGCUCAAUAUUUCGAACAAAUUUCACCUGAUAAAGCAGUUGUAUUAUACCAUCAAGCUGGUUAUUUGCAUAAAGCAAUCGAUUUGGCUUUUAGGUUAGUAAUAGAUUAUAAUGUUAUGUUGGUGCUAAACAACAUAUCUACAACUAUAAUAAUAAUACACUUACUUAAGAAAAUAAAUAAGUUUAAAAAUAACGAUUUGGUAUAAACUUUUUUAAUUUUCUUGUAAAAUAGUUGUAAUUAAAAUAUUAAGAUCAGUGAUGAUGUAAGUGUUGAAUGUUUAGGUAAAUAUGUGGUAUGACCUAGUUGGAUUAGAUUCGAAAUGUAUACAUUAGUAAUCUAUGAGUAGAAGAUAAACAGACAAAAUGAAAAAUAAAAGAUUGAGAUUGUUAGGACUGACUUAAAAAAGACUGUGACCCUGUGCAGUAAUUUUUUGCGGAGCCUCAAUAAGAUUUUUUGCUUUUCACAUUCUAAGACUAAGUAUAAGUAAAUGUUUACAAUACAAUUCUUCUUAGUUCUUAUUCAUUUUUUUAAUCUUUAUUUUCCUAAAUACUAUUUUGCAAUGAUUGAGACUAGACGCAGGGCUGGCCUGCUUUCAAAUCAGCUCUAGAGAUUGUAUAGGCAUGUUGAGAGAAAGAGAAACAGUAAAAUAGUCUAGAUAAUAGGCGAGUCAUUGUGGAUGGAAACCAUGGAAGGUUAGGUCAAUUAAAAGUGACUUAAGGUUAUAAAGGGAGAUUUAGGGACUCAUAGAGUGGACAAAGAUAUUGUGAAUAGAAUAUAAGGCUAGGCGUAUCAAAAAUAUCGUAUCAUAUAACAUUUUUUUUUUUCAUUCUAGAUAAUAAAUCAGUAUUGCUAUUUGAAAAUUAAAAAAAUUAAUAUUUAUUUAAUUUGUUCAAAAUAGAGAUUUUCUUUUUUUGCCUUCAUUCCAAUUAUUUGGGGUCGACAAAAUUUGUUUUAAACAUCCAAUCAACUUAAUCUCUCACAUUGUCCUCACAUACACCUGUAGUCUUCAUAUCUUUCUCAAUCGUAUCCAACCAUCUCUUAUUCAGUCUUUCUCUCUACCUUUUUCUUCUUCCUAUAUUUAUUUUUAUUUCAAUUCUUACUGUAUCUGAUACCUCUCCCCAUGACAUGCUCAAACCAUCUCAAUGUAUUUUCUCAUAUUUUGUCUACUAUCAAAGCCACACCUAAGCUACUUUAUUAUUUAUUCAUCCUUUAUCCUAUCUUUUCUUGUCAUUACUCAUCCCUACUUAAGCAUUCUCAUUUAUACUACACUCUUUCUCUGUUUUAUUUUUAUCUCUAUUGCCCAAAACUUUGAUCCAUAUAGCAUAGUUGGUCUCAUCAAACUUUUGUAGAACUCAAUUUUAUGUUUCAUUGGAAAUCUCUUGUCACAUAAAAUACCUGAUGCUUUUCUUUACUUUAUCCAGCAGUAUAUAAUCCUAUGGUUCACAUGUUUGUCAAACAAAAUUUGUUCUUUUGUUCAGAAGAUUCUUGGUACUUAAAACUUGUUAUUACCUUGCAUGAUAUAUUACUGUUUAGAAUACAGAAUAGGGAUACAUUUUAAAAUAAGUAUGUAAAUUUUAUUACAAUGAUAAAAAUGGAAAAAAUUUACUUUAAUUUUAUAUUUACUAUAGGUGUCAAAAUUAUGAUGCUAUUGUUACUAUGUCUCAAGAACUAAACAUAGAAGAUGAUUCAAGUUUAUUAUUAAAAUGUUCAAGUUUUUUCAUGAAUCAAGGACAUUAUGACAAUGCAGUCAAUUUACUAGCAAUGGCUAAUAAAGUACACAUUAGUUAUUAUUGUUAAUUUAAUAUUUUUAUCAAUGCUUGAUAUAUUUUAGUUUGAAGAAGCUGUGGAUCAAUGUCAAGAACACAAGGUAACUAUUACUGAUACCCUUGGUGAUCAUCUAACCCCUCCAUCUAAUCAUCCAAAGCGUACACUUAUAUUAGAGAAACUUGCUGAAUGUGCAUUAAUGCAAGCGAACUACCAUAUAGCUGCAAAAAAAUUUACUCAGGCUGGACAAAAGGUUAAUAAAAUUGUGUUAUUUAUUUAUUAUAAAUCACAAAAAAUGGUUUGAAUUUAAAAAUAUUUUAUAUUUUAAGUAAAAAGAUUUCAAAAAAUGUAAAGAUGUAUACAUUUACUUUGCAUCGGCAAACUAUAUUUUUCAUGUUAAAAUUUUUUUUAUGUAAUUAUUUAGUAAAGAAAAUUAACAAAUUUCAAAUGUUUUAUUCUCGUAAAUAAUGAACAAAUUCAUAUUUUUAAUAAUAUUAGUGUGGAUUUAUUAAAUAAAAAAGAAUUACAGAAAAGCAAUUACAAGUUAAAGUUCCUUAUUUUCAUAGAUUUUAAAAAAAAAUUGAAAAGCAUGUUAAAUAAAUGUGUUCAACAACUAAUAUCUAUCUCUAAUAGAAUAAAAUAUUUAUAUUGAUCUUGAUGAGCUAAUAAAUAAAAUAAAGAACAGUUUUUGUAUUAAUACAAUAUUACUUUAAAACUGAUUUGUUACCCAGAAUUCACUAUACUAAAAAUAAUAAAUCUAUAUAGGUAAAAGCUAUGAAAGCAUUAUUAAAAUCUGGAGACACGGAAAAAAUUAUAUUUUAUGCAAACGUAUCAAGGCAACAUGAAAUUUAUAUUAUGGCUGCUAAUUAUUUACAAACACUUGAUUGGCAAGAACGUCCAGAUUUUUUGAAAACUAUUGUAUCAUUUUAUAACAAAGGAAAGGCGCCUCAUUUAUUAGCCAACUUUUACAUUUCUUGCGCUCAAGUAAGAAUUCACUCAGAUAUUAAUAAAUAAUGUACUAUUGAUUCAAUUUAAUUAAACCUUAUAUAAUAUUAUAAUUAUAAUUAUUAUAAAUACCUAGCUAGAAGUUGAUGAAUAUCGUAAUUACAGUAAGGCUAUUGGUGCUUUAUCAGAAGCAUUAAAAGUUCUAUCCAAAGACAGUGAUCAGUAUAAGACAUUUAUGGAAGACAUUGCAAAAAAAAUAACUUUAAUUAAAAAAUUUCUUGAUAUAAAAAGGUAAACAAAUAAAUACCUAACCUGCAACUAUUCUGGUUUAUUUUUAAUAUAACAAUAUAAUUUAGGCAAAUUGAUAACGGUGUUGGUGACUCAGCAAUGACAUUGUGUCGACAAAUUUUAUCAUCUCCAAAUAUGGAUAUACUUAGAUAUGGUGAUGUCUAUUCAAUAAUGGUUGAAUAUUAUACAGCACUAGGCGAUAAUAAAUCAGCAAUUCAAUUAGUCAAUGAACUAGUUACUCGAACACAACAAAAAGACAAUUUGCUAUUUUAUAUUGAUAAAGGUCUGUAUUAAAAGAUAAUUAAAUGACCUAUUUACUAUUUAUUGAUACUUUAAAAUGUAUUAAAAAAUUAUAAAUAUAAUAAUUUUUAGCGGUUUACUGAAAGUUAUAACUAUAGUAGACACACUAUAUUUUAACAAAUCAAUAUCCAAUUUAUGAACAUACUUGUACAUAAAAUUAUUGAUUUUAUAAAUUCAGCGAUAAAAUUUGACUGUAUUCUAUCGAAAAACAAAUUUAAACUUCCCUUCAUAUUAUAAAAAAUGUAUUUUACACAGCUAUUUAUAAAAUAUAGUUAGUUACUAUAUUAUAUAUUACAAACCAAAAUUUACAUUUCUCUAUUUAUUUUUGGUCAAAUGAUUUGUAUAAUUAUAAUUUAGAUAUGUAUUCAAAUAUAGUAUAGCUUAGAACACUUGGAUAUUUAAAUCCUCCCAUUUUUAGGAGGGGGGACUUAAACACUGCUUUAGAUAAUUCUUUUUUUUUCUGGAACAAUGCUACUAUUUACUGCUAUACUGUAGUAAAAUAUAAAAUUAGGUAAUUUAUUUUUAAUUAAUGAUAAUCUUUAACUCAAAAUUAUUAUAUUACAAAUAUCAGAACUCAUGUUGUAUGCUAUCUUCACCGAAUUUACUGCAACCAUAAUUUACUGCUUCACAUUCAGUUGUUUUUUUAAGUCUGAAAACUAUUUUGUUUUAACUAAUUAUUGUUGAAAAAAAAAAUAAUUGUAUCUGCAUAAUAUGUAUAUCAGUGUUUUAAAAGCUAAACACAUCUGUUGUAAAGGAUAAACUAGUUUAUCCUGAAAUCGGUAUUAGCCAGUAAUAACAUACCUACACAUAACUAUACCUAUGAUAUUUUAAGAGCACGUUGUCAACGUCCGACCCACAUUUAUCGCUUGAGACAGAUAACAUACAACACGAUCAAUAUUCGUGUAGAUAGCAUAAGACACGAGUUUUCAAAUAUAUUUUUAAUUUCUUAUUUUAUUUUAUUUGUUUUAGAUAUUUUAAAAAAAUUAGGAUUUGAAAAUGAAUAUAUUAAGGAGAAUAGCAUUGAUGAAGACGAAGAUGAAAUUCCUGAAGUAUAAAUCUUGGGACACUUUAAGUACAAAGAUUCAAAUAAUGUAUUCUUAGCCAUUGAAUAUUUAAGAUAACAAAAUAGUCAAAUGAGACCAUGGAACUUAAUAGUAGAUAUUUUGUCUAAAGUUUUAUUUGGGUUGAUUAAAUGAACAAGUGUUAAAACUGUACAUCAUCAUGCAGUGCAUAAAUAGGCGGAAAAAUAUGUCACUCUAUAUAAUUUUUAUAUAAUAUGACAAUUGUCAUCAAGUUGUUAGAAACAUACAUUUUCAAUAUUUUUUUUCAAUUCAGGCACUUUAUUGUAAUAAUUGGUAUUUUUCCAAUUUAUAUAUAUUAAAUAUAUAGCACUGACAAGUUGUAUAAUCUAUUAUAUUAAUUCAACUAUGUGUACUUUUCAUUUUUGUGAUCACAAUGAAAUACAAAUUAAUAUUGCUUAAUAACACAACCAAUUUUGUUCUUUAAAAAUUGUUUAAUUCAAUUUAUUUUAGUGAAUAUUAAAUAAUUAUCUUAGUACAAGGCUAUAAUAAUAUUUGUCUAAAUGUAUAACAUAAAAUAUUUAAAAUGCCAUUUUACUAAAUCAAAAAGUAUACUAUUAUUGCAUUUCAAAGCAAAAUUCAAGGCUUAACGUCUUACCAAUUGGAUAACUACUAGCCAGUGGUGCCCAACCUAUAGUCUGUGAGACAAUGCCUACAAAAUUGAAUAAAGAAUUUAACACGCAUGUCACUGAAUUGCUUAUUUAAAAAUUCCUCAACUUGGUCUGGCCUGAUUGGAUAGCUGCUUGCACAUUACUAAAUUAGAAUGUUUUUUUUUUUUUGUUCAUCUCAGCCCUGUAAACCAUGGCGGUCCACGGGUCAUCAAAAGUUCUCAAAGUAGUCUGUAGUGUCAAAAAGGUUGGGAACCACUGUACUAGACAGUAUAUUUAAAAAAAAAUAAUAGUAGUUAAAAAAAUUUAAAAUAUAAUUGAAUUACAUUAAAAAAAAUACAUAAUAAAAGUAGGUGUUUUAGAAACUAGUCUUAAUGAGGUUAAAUAAUAGUGAUUAAAAUAAUUAUUGUAUUAAGUAUGGGUAACCCCUCGCUCAAUAAUUGCAUCUUGCCUAAUUAAUUUAAGUGUCUUACAUGACUUAGUUAAAUAUAUUAAUAAUGUAUAAAAAGCAUUAAGAUUAUUACAAAUGUAUAAAAAAAUUAAAAUUACAAAUUAACACAUACAGCUGCUUUCGGACUCUUGAGAGUCUCCCUGAUUGGCCGCAUGGUUCUGCAAGUCGACAGCUAUAGAAUGUGUUAAGGAUAGUAAGACAAAUAAAUAAAUGCGAUAAAAUUUCAAAAUUAUAAAAUAUAUUUACAGUUAUGAUUACCAAACUACUUAGUUAAAAAUUAAAAUGGUGUAAUAAAUAAAAAUAAUUUUUUACAAAACAAUAGUAAUGUGGCGUUCCUUUAAAGCUCUGGGAAUGUUCAGCGAGGUGGAAAUAUGUUCUCAAUUGUUAUUCAUAAAAUGCAUUUAUUAUAAUAAAAUACUAAUAAUGGUAUUUUAAUUUUUAGAGAAAGUAUUUUAAUUUUAAUUUGUUUAAUUAUAGGUCCUAAUAAUCUGUUAUGUACAAAAUAGAAGUUAAAUCGUUAACUCAAUAGACCAUGAAAUUUUUUUUAAAGUUAAUUUUUAAAAAAUGUUAGCCCUUAGUUUUUUUUUUUAGGCUUUUUAUUAUACAAAAAAAAAUUGGAUGGAUGGAUUGCAAAUGUUUAGAUUCAACUAUGAAUGUUAUAUUAGCAUGCACAACUCUUCUCUGGAUUUGCUGCAUCAUUUGGUGUGUCUUUAAGCACAACUUCUUGCACUGAA